UACGGAUGCAAUUUUUGUGUAUUCAUUUAUUUUAUUUUCUUAUCCAUCUACUCGGCCGUAUCCUUCCCAUAAUCGAAAACGAGAAAAUCCAAGCUUUCUAUUCCCUGUGAAGUUUGAGUUAAAGCAAAAGAGGAAGAGGAAGAAAGGAAGCAUUCUACUCUGUUCCUUAGUCCUUCCCAAACGGAGAAAAAAAAUCCGCCCGAACGCAUGACUUCUUCCCAAAAGAAGAAAGUGCCUCAUUACUCCACUCUCCGACAGGACUCCCCCUCUCUGGAUGGCCUCUACUGCUCCGAGCAACUCGUGGGUGAGACCCGUUGGCGUGACCCUCCACAGAAGCUGCUCGAACAGCUGGACCUGUCCUGGGAUGACGAGGAGCUCGGGUGUCUGCUGUCCAAGCAAUCUCGGGCGGAUGUCGGGCCAGAGCUGGCUGAGGCCCGAUACGGGGCAGUGGAGUGGAUCUUGAGAGUCCACGCCCACUACGGCUUCUCCGCCCUGACUGCGGUCCUCGCCGUCAACUACUUGGACAGGUUCCUUUCGAGCUGUUCCCGCUUGCGGCGGGAUGGGGCGCCGUGGAUGGGCCAGCUCGCAGCUGUGGCCUGCCUGUCCCUGGCCGCCAAGGUGGAGGAGAUCUCCGUGCCCCUCCUCGUAGACUUCCAAGUGGACGAUAGUGUCUUCCUCUUCGAGGCGAGGACGAUAAAGAAGAUGGAGCUUCUGGUCCUGUCCACCCUGCAAUGGAGGAUGAACCCAGUAACCCCUUUAUCGUUCCUCGAUCAUAUCGCUCGUAGGCUCCAAUUCCGGGACCAGCAUUUGCACCGUGAAUUCUUCCGGAGGUGCGAGGAUGUCGUCGUAUCGGUUCUUUCCGAUGCCAGGUUGCUCCAAUAUUUUCCCUCGGUAGUGGCUGCGGCCACGAUUCUGCAAGUCGUCAGGGGCUUACCCGGGCUUGGGCUUAAAGAGGAAUGGCAGUCGCAGCUUCUCGGCACUUUAGGAGAUGACGGUGAGGUGGUGUCCUGUCGCAAAUUGAUUUGUGAUCAGUACGCGCCCAUGGCGGCGCAAGGCCUCGGGUCUCUUCGCCCAAAUAAAAGGAAAUGUCGUGGGGGUGGCAAUGGCGGUGGCAGCUCUGUUCCCGGCAGCCCCGGGGGUGCGGUGGACUAUGUCUUCUUGACCUCCGGCCACUCCUACGACUCAUGGGCAGCGGCGCCACCCUCCAUCUCAUCCUCGCCGGUGGGACCCCCACUCAAGAAGCAUUGUCCGCAGCUAGCCAGCUCGUCAUAAUUCUAUUAUCAAUCGCUCUGUUUAUUUUAUUUUUUUUCCAAUUUUUAGUUUUAUAUAUAAGUUCUUUCUGCUAGUUAAAUUACCAACCCUCAACUUUUUUCUAGUGGAUCUUUAGCAAUUGAGAUUUAGGAAUGGAGAUGGUUGGCAUUCUAUCGAUCCGGAUAAUAAAUUUUACGAGGGAAAAAAUUGCGACCUAAA